AGAGUUUUAGUAACGUUUUGCCAUUUCGCAAUCGCGCAACAACUAUAGCUACUAAAUGUCAUUCCAAUUGUCUUUACACAUUAAUUUUGGAAAAACGGUAGCGGUAAAUUUUGUGCAAAAAUAGAAAGGUGUAUGCAAAUAGAGAAAUAAAUACGCAACAUGUUGAUUAAAGUGAAGACACUAACCGGCAAGGAAAUAGAAAUCGACAUUGAGCCUACAGACAAAGUGGAUAGAAUCAAGGAGCGAGUAGAGGAGAAAGAAGGUAUACCACCACAGCAGCAGCGACUUAUUUUCUCUGGCAAGCAAAUGAAUGACGACAAAACCGCCGCCGAUUACAAAGUGCAAGGUGGCUCAGUGCUUCAUUUGGUUCUGGCGUUGCGCGGUGGACUAUACUUAAUUAAGGCAUAGAAAAACUAAAUUAACAUAUAAUUUAAAUAAUGGAAAUACAUAAAUGUUGUGAAGCUAAAACAUGAAUAUUUGAGUGUGUGCCCCACAAAAAUCUAAUUUUCAUAGAUAUAAUUUCAAUAAUAUGAUGUUUGAACUUGUUUGGAGAAAUAAAAGGAAAACAAUUUUCUUAUAAAAACUGA